CCUCUCUCUCUCUCUCUCUCUCUCUCUCUCUCUCUCUCUCUCACUCUGUCCUCGCUUUUUUAUUGAGUUGACGAUGAUUGAGGAGAGUGUGUAGAUCCUCCUCCACCGGACAACCACCACCACCACCGCCGACGAUAAAAAGGAAGUUGAAGCAGAACCGAAGAAGGCUACGGCCCCCGUCAUGGCCAUUUCGGUGCCUUCUAUGAUCAACUCCGUGUUUCUCUUUUUAUGUGUUGUCCUUACUACCAUCUCUCCCACGCUAUCGUUCCAUGGCGUUCAGACGUUCAUCGUCCACGUGUCAAAAUCACAGCGACCUCCAUACCUCACAUCUCACCAUUGGUACAGCUCCAUCCUCCGUUCUCUUCCCCAAUCUCCUCCCUCCACCAGGAUCCUCUACGUCUACGACCACGCCAUAACCGGCUUCUCCGCCCACCUCACCCAAUCUCAGGUCGCCGAGCUCCAACGCAUCCCCGGCGUCCUCUCCAUCCUCCCCGACCGUCCCCACCAACUCCACACUACCCGCACCCCUCACUUCCUCGGCCUUGCGGACACUUUCGGUCUAUGGCCCAACUCUGACUACGCCGACGAUGUCAUCAUCGGUGUCCUCGACACCGGUAUCUGGCCUGAGCGUCGCAGCUUCUACGACUCCGACCUAUCCGAAAUUCCUUCCGGAUGGAAGGGCACCUGCGAGACCGGCCCCGAUUUCCCGGCCUCGUCGUGCAACGGGAAGAUCAUUGGAGCAAGAGCUUUCUACAGAGGAUACGAAGCUGCCCUUGGAAGACCCAUGAACGACACGGUGGAGUCGAAAUCGCCGAGGGACACCGAAGGGCACGGGACUCACACGGCAUCCACAGCUGCCGGAGCAGCCGUUAGAGAAGCUGGGUUUUAUAAGUUCGCGGUGGGGGAAGCCAGAGGCAUGGCUACCAGGGCAAGAAUCGCUGCGUACAAGGUCUGCUGGAAACUCGGUUGUUUUGAUUCCGAUAUUUUAGCCGCAAUGGAUCAUGCCAUCGCCGAUGGCGUACAUAUAAUCUCUCUUUCCGUUGGCGCGACCGGCUACGCACCUCCAUACUAUCAUGAUUCUAUCGCCAUCGGAGCGUUUGGCGCCAUUCAGAAGGGCGUGCUUGUUUCUUGCUCUGCCGGGAAUUCUGGGCCGGAACCGUACACCGCCGUCAAUAUUGCGCCAUGGAUUAUCACCGUUGGAGCGUCAACCAUCGACAGGGAAUUUCCAGCGGAUGUUGUGCUUGGCGAUGGGAGAGUCUUCAAUGGAGUGUCGCUAUACUCCGGGGAUCCGCUCGGCGAUUCGGGUCAUCUGUUACCUCUCGUGUAUGCCGCAGACUGCGGCAGCAGACUGUGCUAUCCGGGUAAGCUUGAUCCGACGAAGGUGGCCGGGAAGAUAGUCGUGUGUGACAGGGGAGGUAAUGCUAGGGUCGAGAAGGGAAGUGCCAUCAAGAUCUCCGGCGGAGCGGGGAUGAUUAUGGCCAACACGGCCGAAAGCGGCGAAGAGCUCAUAGCCGAUUCUCAUCUCCUCCCGGCGACUAUGGUGGGUCAGACGUCAGGAGACAAGAUCCGCGACUACAUCAGAUCAGAUCCCUCGCCAACGGCCACCAUAGUGUUCCGAGGGACGGUGAUUGGGGCUUCACCCUCGGCUCCAAAGGUGGCAUCUUUUUCGAGCCGUGGUCCGAACUAUCAAACAGCAGAGAUCCUGAAACCGGACGUUAUAGCCCCCGGCGUCAACAUCUUAGCCGGAUGGACCGGGUACAAUGGGCCGACCGAUUUGGACAUCGACCCGAGAAGAGUGGAGUUCAAUAUAAUAUCGGGAACCUCCAUGGCCUGCCCGCACGUCAGUGGAUUGGCCGCUUUGCUUCGGAAGGCAUACCCGAAGUGGACCCCAGCUGCCCUAAAGUCUGCCCUCAUGACGACAGCGUACAACCUGGAUAACGGAGGAAAGAAUAUCUCGGAUCUUGCAACUGGGAAAGAAUCAACACCGUUCGUACAUGGAGCGGGACACGUAGACCCAAAUAGAGCCCUUGAUCCGGGUUUGGUAUACGAUAUAAGCGUGAAUGACUACGUGGAAUUCCUUUGCUCCAUUGGAUACGACGAGAAGAUGAUCGCGCUUUUCAUCAGGGAUGGCAAUACAAGUGUGAAUUGCAGUGCACAGAGCUUACCUAGUCCUGGGGAUCUAAACUACCCAUCAUUCUCUGUGGUAUUUAAAUUGAACGGCGGGAAAGAUGUGGUGAAAUACAGGAGAGUUGUUACGAACGUGGGAGAUUCAGUGGAUGCGGUAUACGAGGCGAAGGUAUGGGGUCCAGAUUCGGUUGAGAUAAGUGUUUCGCCGAGUAAGCUUGUGUUUAGUGGAGAAGAAGAGAGGCAAUCGUAUGAGAUAACAUUCAAGAGUGUGGUCCCACCAAAUGAGACGGAGGAGCGUACAGCGUCAGCGUCCAAGUUUGGGUGGAUAGAGUGGAGCGAUGGAAGCCACAGAGUGAGAAGCCCAAUUGCAUUCUGGUGGCAGCCGAAGCUGGUGUCUUCCAUUUGAAUUUUAAUUAAUAUACUAGUACUAGUGUGGUGGUCUAGCCGUGCAGGGAGUAGGGAUAAUCAUCUGACGUUGGUAUUUAAUAUUCAUGUUGGAAUUGGAAAUACUUGGAUUUUAUUUACGUUGGAAUUGGAAAGACCCAAAAUCAAGCAAAAAAGUUGGAAUCUA